UCUGUACGUAUGGUUCCAUCUAAACAGAGGCCACUGGUGCCCCCCUUUAACAGGAAAGAUGGAGCCUCGUCAUGGCAUCAUGAAAGCUUUCCCUAAAGUUAAAAGGGCCAGAGUACUGCAGGGAAAGGAUGCACCCCCACGAAAGAAGAAACCGGAUGAAUGUGAUGACACAGGAAACACUUUUAAUGGUGUCACAGUGUACAUCCUGCCUGCUGGAAUAGGAAAUGCCAGAUGCCAGAUCUUUCAAAGACAAAUUCAGCAGAAUGGAGGACAGACGGAGAAUUCACUGUGUCCCAGUGUCACUCAUGUUGUUGUAGAUGACAACAUGGACAGUGACAGGGCUCUGCGCCUACUGAAAGUGGAUUGUAUGCCCUCUGGAGUCCAACUGGUGAAAUGCACUUGGUUGAGCUUGUGCAUCAGUGAAAAACAACUGCUGGACAUAGCCAACUACAGCCUUCUUUUACCAAAGAGGGAAUCUGAGACACAACAUGCAAAUAUUAAAGAAGGGUUGCCGGAUGUCAAGCCUGCAGCAGAAACUAUUGUAGAGCCAGUGUCUCAUCAAACUAACGAAGGAGAGACCAUAGACAUGACAGUGCCAGUUACCAAAGAGGAACUGCGAGGAGAUGAAGAUGGUGUCUCUCAGAGUGACCUGGAAGCGCUCAUCACUGGCCAGCACCCCAAAGAGGAGACUCCUAGCCCCAGCCUCACCCCCAGUCCAGACUCUUCUGCUCAGAAGGCAGUCUUAGGGAAGUGGGUCUGUGCCCAGUCCUCUCAAUCCAAAAGUAAUAACUUCAACAAGCACAUCACAGACAAACUUGAAGUGCUGGCCAAGGCCUACACCCACCAGGGGGACAAGUGGAGGGCGCUGGGCUACUCCAAGGCUGUCAACGCACUGAAGAGUUACCACAAGCCUGUUACAUCAUAUCAGGAGGCUUGUCAGAUUCCAGGGAUCGGAAAACGAAUGGCUGACAAAAUUGAUGAGAUCAUGGAGAGCGGUCAUCUCCGGAAGCUAGAUCACAUCGGGGAGGCUGUGCCAGUACUGGAGCUUUUCACUAACAUUUGGGGUGCAGGAGCUAAAACUGCACAACUGUGGUACCAACAGGGAUUUCGCUCUUUGGAGGACAUCCGCACAAAAGCCCACCUGAGCAACACUCAGAAAAUAGGACUGAAGCACUACGAUGACUUUCUAGACCGUAUGCCCAGAGAAGAAGCAGCAGCCAUAGAGAAAGUGGUGAGGGAUGCCACCCAGACUAUAGACCCAGGCCUGGUGGCUAUGACAUGUGGCUCCUACCGUCGGGGAAAAGCCACAUGUGGAGAUGUUGAUGUACUUAUAUCUCACCCUGACGGCAGGUCCCACAAGGGUAUCUUCAGCAAAGUGUUAGAGAUCCUCCAUGACAGUGGGUUUCUGACAGAUGACCUGGUUAGCCACGAGGAGAAUGGAGAACAGAAGAAAUACAUGGGUGUGUGCCGCUUGCCAGGACCCGGCCAACGCCAUCGCAGGCUGGACAUCAUCGUAGUGCCCUACAACGAGUUUGCCUGUGCUCUCAUGUAUUUCACCGGGUCAGCACACUUUAACCGUUCAAUGAGAGCACUGGCAAAGACAAAAAACAUGAGUUUAUCAGAGCACUCGCUGAACCAAGCUGUGGUGCGUCAGGGAAACUUUAAGGUAUAUGGCGGCAUUCCACUUGCUACACUAAGAGAGGAGGAUGUUUUUAGUCUUUUAGGCAUACCAUACAGGAAGCCUCAUGAAAGGGACUGGUGAAAAUUUAUCAAUCACAAUGCCAUGCCUGGUUUUAUAGAAAAAUCAUGAUGAUGAAUGAUGACAAUGGAAAACAGCAAUUAUGCUCAAAUAACUAAUUUUAAGGAUGUGUUACUGCUCCACUGAUCACAUAAGAAACCUGUUUGACUUGAAUGCUAUUUUUAUUAUACAGAUAAAAUGUUGGGUUAACUCAAAUCUCAAAAAUAGUAUAUCUUCUUACUUUGUCUUAGCUGUAUCUGUUCCUCCAGCUUGUUUAAGCUGUACAUGCUGAGGUUUUCAAGUUAUCCACCUCUGAAACUUUUACUGCAAUAUAUAUUACACAAUAAAAAACAAUUAAUGUAAUUUUGUUGUCGUUUCCGGAGCCUUUGAUUUUUAUUUUGUAUGGUCGGUUUAUGGGUUAAGCUGAGUAACUGGGAACAUUGUAAAAAGAUAUAUUAUAAAUAUCAGUUUUGUGAUAAAUAAAUAAUAAAUUUCAUCAUUAUCAGUCAUACAAAGUAUACAGCAAAAGUUUCAAAGAUGGAUAUCUCCAAAGCUCAGCAGGUAAAUCUAAAACUAUCUGCAGGACUAGAUAUCAUCAGAGGAAAGUGAAAAAAUAUGAUUUGGCAAGUCGAGUGAACUCACCCCUUAAAUACAUUUUAAUAUAGGAAGUGCUUGAUAUAGUAUAUUUUAUGACAGACGAAUAAUGAUAAUAAA